GAGAGACAGAGAGAGAGACAGAUAGAGAGACUUUCGCAUUCCUCUGUAACAUCAGGCGCUCCGCAGCAGCUCCACUCUCACUCAGCCGUGUUGUAGUUGUGGAGCGCAUCCCGGUUCUCUUGGUUCUCCUCCGUUCUCCAGCCUCCUCCGGCGCAGACUCCUCUACUUUCUCCUCUCGCGCUCCGCGUGCUUACCUGCGCCUCCAGGCUUUAAACCCUCCAACAAAAAACCCACCCGCGCUGCCUGCCCCCAUGGAGGGAGAUGUUACGGACAAGCUGGAGGACAUGGCCACGGUGUGUGAGUUCGACCCCAUCACCGGGAACAUUCCCGCCACCAAAGUGGAAAUCUCCGUCUCCUGCAGAAACCUGUUGGAUCGAGACACGUUCUCCAAAUCUGAUCCAAUGUGUAUCCUGUACACUCAGGGAGUGGAGUCAAAGCAGUGGCGAGAGUUUGGCAGGACAGAAGUGAUUGACAACACACUGAACCCAGACUUUGUGAGGAAGUACAUUCUGGACUAUUUCUUUGAGGAGAAGCAGAAUCUGCGUUUUGACAUAUAUGACAUUGACUCCAAAAGUCCAGAUCUGGCCAAACAUCCCUCCGAAUUCAACGAUUUCCUGGGUCAGACCUUCUGCACUCUGGGAGAGAUAGUGGGAUCGCCAGCCAGUCGUCUGGAAAAGCCUCUGGGGGGCAUCCCCGGGAAGAAAUGUGGCGCUAUCAUUUUAACAGCAGAGGAGCUGGGAAACUGCAGGGACUGUGUCACUAUGCAAUUCUGUGCCAAUAAGCUGGACAAGAAAGACUUCUUUGGUCGCUCGGACCCUUUCAUGGUAUUCUACAGGAGUAAUGAGGACGGAACGUUUACUAUUUGCCAUAAGACGGAGGUGGUGAAGAACACACUGAACCCCGUGUGGAAACCUUUCAGCAUUCCGGUUAGAGCCCUCUGCAAUGGCGACUAUGACAGGUCAAUUAAGGUGGAAAUAUAUGACUGGGAUAGGGAUGGAAGUCAUGACUUCAUUGGAGAAUUCACCACAAGCUACAGGGAGCUAUCACGAGGCCAGAGUCAGUUCAAUGUGUAUGAGGUGGUGAACGCCAAAAAGAAAAUAAAGAAAAGGAGAUACAUCAACUCUGGAACAGUGACAUUGCUUUCAUUCUCUGUGGAGGCGGAACACACUUUCCUUGACUACAUCAAGGCAGGCACUCAGAUCCAUUUCACCGUGGCCAUUGAUUUCACAGCUUCUAACGGAAACCCAUCUCAGUCCACUUCUCUGCACUAUAUGAAUCCGUAUCAGAUGAACGCGUACGCCAUGGCGCUGAAGGCUGUUGGGGAGAUCAUUCAAGACUAUGACAGUGAUAAGAUGUUCCCUGCGCUGGGAUUCGGAGCCAAACUGCCCCCCGAUGGCAGGGUGUCCCAUGAGUUCCCCCUGAAUGGUAAUGUAGAUAAUCCAUACUGCAACGGCAUGGAAGGCAUUCUAGAAGCAUACCACCAGAGCCUUAAGACAGUUCAGCUCUAUGGACCGACCAACUUUGCUCCCGUCAUCAAUCAUGUGGCGAGAUACGCAGCAGCGGUGGAGGACGGAUCUCAGUACUUUGUGCUCCUCAUCAUCACAGACGGAGUCAUAUCAGACAUGGCUCAGACCAAAGAAGCCAUCGUCAACGCUGCAAAACUACCCAUGUCAAUCAUCAUUGUUGGAGUUGGACAAGCUGAGUUUGAUGCCAUGGUGGAGUUGGAUGGUGAUGACAUCAGAAUAUCUUCAAGAGGAAAACUGGCAGAAAGAGACAUUGUCCAGUUCGUGCCGUUCAGGGACUACAUGGAUCGGACGGGGAACCACGUUCUCAGCAUGGCUCGACUGGCCAAGGAUGUCCUGGCAGAGAUCCCUGACCAGUUAAUCUCCUACAUGAAAUCCCGAGGCAUCAAACCCAACCAGACUCCACCAGACUGCAGCCCGGAAGCUGGCCUUAGCCCAACCUCCACCAUAUGAGUUUACACAGGCCUGGUCCAGAGUGGACGAGACAGGCUGUGACCACAGCUAUUCUUUGUCCGUGUUGGGAUCUCAUUCACAGUCAAAUUCAGCAGACUCCAUACGAGUUUACUUGCUCUAGAGCACAGGAGACAGGCAGUGGCUCUAGCUCUCUCCUUUUGGGGUGUCUUUUACAACCACUACUGCAGACGCUACCCUGGUCUGAUCCAGUGGCGCGGACAGGCAAUGAAUUAAAACGUCCAUUUGGGACAUCGUACACAGUCCGUGUCACGUUUGUCUGCUUUGGACAAGACAUGGAUGUUCUUAUAGGCAUGAUUUUACCUCUCAGUUUUGUGCCACAGACUUUGAGGCUUAUUAGAGAUGUAUUUGUAUAAGUCUGUGCGACCUGAAUAAGAGAAGAUCUCCAGAGGCAACAGCCUCUUUCCUUCUUUUUUUCCUUCUUUUUCCUUUUUUGAUCUUAUGUUACAGUAGCGUCAGGGUGGGCUUAAAAAGCAGUAAUGAUCCAGCUAGUCUCAGGCAGCUACAUGCCAGGCAGAGGAGGGAUUUGGUCAUAAAUGCUGAGGAGAAGAACAUGCGGGAACUGCUAGUUAGAGCAGUACGAUGUCAGGUGACUGUUUAAAUUCAAAUUGUACACUCUCAAAAGUAAAGGUCCAUGGAGGGUUCUGUGGCACGAUACUAAAGAAGAACAUUUCAUUCGUUUGUAAAUGAGAUAUGUAAGGGUGAAGAACCUUUUUAAAACUUAAAUCCUAAAUUCCCAGGAUUAUUACUUAAGGCUUAUUGUUCAGUAUCUACAUGAAAACAGUGUAAACAUUAGAGUUAAAGAACCUUCCCAUAAUGUAAAGUCUCUAUACCAAUUAAAGGUUUAUCUUAGAAUUGCACGUCCAAGUCAAGAACCAUAUCGGAGCCUUUAUUUUUCAGAGUGUGCUCUGCUGCUUAGGCCUUUGGUGCAGUAGAAUGUUCAGUUUGUCUUCAGUUUGUAGAUAAAUGUAGGAAAUGGUGUUUGUAAAGGCACUUUGGGUAAUGUGGUGGGACUAUAUGGUAAAUUAUGAGUGAUAUUUUUCAUAGUGGUAUUCCAUUUUUAGUUUUUUAGCUCUGUGACAUGAUAAGCUUUUCUAUUAUAAAGCAUGACAGAUUAUUUCAUUGUACAGUGUACCUACUGUAUUGUAUAUGCAGAGUGUAGACAUUUGAUUAAGUCCAGUGAGAAAAUUAUACAAAUACUGAUUCCCAGAAGAAGCAAUGAUGUCUUUAGCUAUAAAAUGAUCAUUUAACAAAAUCUAUGGACCCAAGCACAAGAGAAGCACAAGUAUUUUUUAGCACUCUAAUCUUAAACCAGCACAAACUGAUAAAGCAGGCAUAUAUAACGUCGUCUAUACUGAAGAAUUUGUGUUGAAAAUAGUUGAAUUGAAUGUGUACAUUGGUCUACAGUAAUGAAAUAUAUUACUUCAACUAGGGAUGCUAAUUCUGGACUUUCUAUUUCACCAAUAACCAAAAACAUAUACAUGCCUGUCGGAACAACAGCGACAAAAAAAACCGUCUGUCUGAAGUGAUGAGGGGAAAAGAGGCCAGAGGAGAAAUCUUCAAUAGACAGCAAGAAUAAACAGGAAGACGUUAUAGCCGCCUACCUGUCUGCUCUCUCACAGGACAGUUAGGUGAAGGAUGAACCCUGUGGUUUGUCUGUAUGUUGAUCAUUUUCAACUGAUUCACAUAAUUUAAGAGAACGCUACGUAAAUUGUGAUGAACUCCAUCAAAUAGAGAUAUGUAGCUAUUACUUAUUUUCGAUGGUGUAUUUGAUGGCAGAGACAUAAGCUCCUGUGCUGUGUAGGCUAAUGCAGCAUUUACAGGGUAAUUAAAGCUGUAACACAGUCAGGACUUGAAGAUAACUUAUCAAUUUGGUAUCUGAUCAAACUGAUUUUCUGUUGAAACACGAGUGCCUGAGCGUGAGCACACUGCCGAAGGCGUGUUGUUUCACUAAGCUCGCUACUCUGGCUGAUGUUAGCUGGAUUCAGAAAGUGAUUCCACCACAGAGAAAAGGCUUUGUGUAGAAGACGACAAGUCCUCAUCAGCAUCUAGUGUUGUAGCGUUAGCAUUGGCUACUAGCUCUUCUGAAGAGGCAACUCCUGUUACUCAUCCAACGGGAAGUCCUACUGAUUUCCUUCAGCUAUUCUAGUGCUAUCAUCUAAAUAGUAAGACCUGCGCUAUUUUUCCUACUUUUUCUCUUUUUGCCGUUGCUUUUUCAUUCGUUAACCUGAUCUGAAUUAUUAUGGACACUUGAAUAUCAGAAUUAGUUGCAGUGAAAACCCCUGUGAUGGACAGGCGACCUGUCCAGGCUGUAUCCUGCCUUCCGCCCAUUGACAGCUGGGAUAGGCUCCAGCACCCCAUGACCCAGAAGGAGAAGUGGCUUAGAAGAUGUAUGUGUGUGUGUGUGUAUGUG